CCCCUGCUCUGUCCUCCAGGUGGCUACCACAGCACAGACACGCCCAACCCACAAGGUGAGAUCCUAAUUGGCGGGCCCAACGUUACCAUGGGUUACUACAAGAAUGAGGCCAAGAACCAGGACUUCUUUGUGGACGACAACGGCCAGCGCUGGUUCUGUACGGGAGACAUAGGAGAGGUCCAUCCUGAUGGAUGCCUCAAGAUCAUUGAUCGUAAGAAGGACCUGGUUAAGCUCCAGGCAGGAGAGUAUGUGUCUCUGGGGAAGGUGGAGGCCAUGCUGAAGAACUGCCCCCUUAUAGACAACAUCUGUGCCUACGCCAACAGUGAAGAGAUGUACGUGAUUGGCUUUGUGGUGCCCAAUCAGAAGCAUCUGCUGUCGCUAGCGGAGCAGUAUUGUAUCCGGGGCUCGUGGGAGGAGCUGUGUAACAAUGCUGCCAUGGAGGGGGUGGUCUUGCAGGUCAUCACUGAGGCUGCCCUAUCAGCCCAGCUGGAGCGGUUUGAGAUCCCCCGUAAGAUCCGUCUGAGCCCCGACCCCUGGACCCCCGAGACGGGCCUAGUGACCGACGCCUUCAAGCUCAAACGCCAGCAGCUGAAGAGUAAGUACCAGGACGACAUCGAGAGAAUGUACGGCGGGAAGUAGGACCAGACCAGACCAGAACCUCUCCAAGCACAGAUCCAGCAUCUGCCUCAAGCCUCCAAGCUUUUAGCUCCAUCCUCCUAUCCCCACCAGACCCCCAUCCCGGACGAGCCCCCAGAAGCACUCAAUUUACUUGAAUCUACUUUGUUCUAAUGAGACCAAAAAAGAUCGACAGAGAAAGAGAUAGAGGGAGAGAAAUAGAUAGAGAAACAGAUUGAGAAAGAUAGAGGGAG